UCGCCCAUUUCCAGAAAUGUUACGCAGAGUUUAAGGAAACCCGAAGCGGGACAUGCUCGUGCUUGCCUUGUGGGUCCAUUCUUCUACCCACGGGACAACUGUGCAAUAAUGCCGCGUGAAUUCAUAUCCCUUGCUCUGCUCUGUCGACCCCACUCUAUCCCUGCCCACCGCCCUUUUCACUCACUCACCUAACAGCUCUUCCUGUCCCUUUCCGCCUGCGCAUUUUCGCGGGUUCAAGACUCAGAAAGUUGUCAUUUUUGUCAUCUCUCUCGCUGGUUCAGCUCCUGGGUGUUUCUCUUUCUUCUUGUUUGGUUCUUUGUCAGUAAUGGCGAUGGAAGAUGAGGGGUGGGUUCUGGUUUCGAAGCCGAAGGAGAAAGAUCACUGGAGCCCGAGUGGGUUCUCGGUGGGUUCGGAUGCAGAGGAUUCCGGGCCCUUGAAGAUAACCUCGGGCGAGCCCGCGACGCACUGGACCGAUGCUUUUCCUAUCGGGAAUGGACGGCUCGGAGCCAUGAUCUGGGGCGGCGUCGCCUCGGAGACUCUCCAGCUCAAUGAGGACACGCUCUGGACUGGAGUUCCCGGCAACUAUGCUGAUCCCAAUGCUCCUGUGGCACUAUCCGAAGUCAGAAAGCUUGUUGAUGAGGGCCAAUAUGCUGAGGCAACUGCAGCAGCAGUGAAGUUGUCAGAUCAUCCUUCUGAUGUCUACCAACUUCUCGGGGACAUUAAGCUUGACUUUGACGAUUCCCAUCGUUCAUAUGCAGAAGAGACAUACCACAGAGAGCUAGAUCUGGACACUGCUACGGUUACUGUAAAGUAUUCGGUCAAUGAUGUGGAAUUCACAAGGGAAUAUUUUGCUUCUUGUCCUGAUCAAGUUGUGGUAAUGAAGGUUUCUGCAAACAAGCCAGGAUGUGUCUCGUUUACAGUUUCUCUUGAUAGCAAGUUACAUCAUCAUACAUAUGUAGAUGGAAAAGAUGAAAUAGUAAUGCAAGGAAAUUGCCCUGGUAAAAGGCCUGCUCCAAAAGUGAAUGCAAAUGAUAACCCUGAGGGAAUUCAAUUUGCUGCAGUUCUUCAUCUGCUGAUUAGUGAUGGCCAGGGGACAAUAAGUGUUCUGGACGACAAAAGGUUGGUGGUUAAGGGUUCAGAUUGGGCUGUCCUGCUUCUGGUUGCUUCAUCUUCAUUUAACGAUCCAUUCACAAAGCCCUCAGAUUCUCCCAGAGAUCCUACUUCUGAGUCCAUUAGAUUUAUGGAAUCAAUAAGGAACUUGUCAUAUUCUGAUCUUCUCUUGCGCCAUCUAAAUGACUACCAGAGUCUUUUCCAUCGAGCUUCUUUGCAACUUUCAAAGAGUGCUCAAACUGCCUCGAAGGACAAGUCUCUUGAAAUAAACAGAGUCCUGUCUUCCACAUCUGUUUCCUCGAUCAAGGACAAAAGUGCUACCAUUUCUACUGCAGAGAGAGUGAAAUCUUUUCAGACAGACGAAGAUCCUUCUUUGGUUGAACUUCUGUUUCAAUAUGGUCGAUACUUGCUUAUUUCUAGCUCACGGCCAGGAACCCAAGUGACAAACUUGCAGGGUAUUUGGAAUAAAGAUAUCGAGCCAGCAUGGGAUGCUGCUCCUCACUUGAACAUUAAUCUCCAAAUGAACUAUUGGCCUUCACUUUCUUGCAAUCUCGAGGAAUGUCAGGAGCCCUUAUUUGAUUUCAUUUCUUCACUAUCGGUCAAUGGAAGUAAAACAGCUAAGGUUAAUUACGAGGCAAGUGGUUGGGUUGCACAUCAAGUGUCUGACAUAUGGGCAAAAACAUCACCCGAUCGAGGUGAAGCAGUUUGGGCUCUAUGGCCUAUGGGUGGAGCAUGGCUUUGUACACAUUUGUGGGAGCAUUACGCCUAUACCAUGGACAAAGAUUUUCUGAAAAAUAAGGCAUACCCUUUGUUGGAAGGAUGUACAUCAUUUCUGUUGGACUGGUUGAUUGAAGGUCGGGGGGGUUUCUUGGAAACCAACCCCUCAACUUCUCCAGAGCACAUGUUUACUGCUCCAGAUGGCAAACCUGCUAGCGUGAGCUACUCAACAACUAUGGACAUGGCCAUCAUUAAAGAAGUGUUUCCGGCAAUUGUUGCUGCUGCCAAGAUAUUGGGAAAGAAUGACGAUGCCCUAAUUCUGAAAGUCCAAGAGGCUCAAAAAGGGCUUCCACCAACAAAAAUUGCAAGAGAUGGUUCCAUCAUGGAAUGGGCGGAGGAUUUUGAAGAUCCUGAUGUCCAUCACAGACACGUGUCGCAUCUUUUCGGUCUAUUUCCAGGACACACGAUAAGUGUUGAGGAAACUCCAGACCUUUGCAGAGCCGCAGAUUAUACCCUCUAUAAAAGAGGGGAGGAGGGCCCGGGAUGGUCAACUACGUGGAAAAUUGCUCUCUGGGCACGUCUCCAUAAUAGUGAGCAUGCAUAUAGGAUGGUGAAGCACUUGUUCAACUUGGUUGAUCCAGAUCAUGAAGGCAGCUUUGAAGGAGGACUAUAUAGCAAUUUGUUCACAGCACACCCUCCAUUUCAAAUUGAUGCAAAUUUUGGCUUUUCCGCUGCAGUUGCAGAGAUGCUUGUCCAGAGCACCAUGAAGGACCUGUACUUGCUUCCCGCUCUUCCCCGGGAUAAGUGGCCCAACGGUUGUGUGAAAGGAUUGAAGGCGAGAGGUAGAGUUACGGUCAACAUAUGCUGGAAAGAAGAAGAGAUGCACGAAGUAGGUCUUUGGUCAGAAGAUUACAAUGCUUUUAGGCAAUUACACUAUAGAGGAGCUACCGUCAAGGCAAAGUUAUCGCCGGGCAAAGUCUACACAUUCAACAAGCUACUAAAAUGCACGAGGAUGAACUCUCUAUAAGGAACUGACCCUUUUCAGUGGAAGAGAGCAUCAAAAUUCAUCUCCGGAUCAGUGUAAAAGCAGCUCGAGUUGUAGAAUUUCUUUGUUGAUUGCGGUCCAUCUCUUUUCCUUCGUGGCAGUUUUGAGCUUCCACUACAGUAGACUCUGCCUUGGCAUGUCAGUACCAUUCUUUUAGUGUACCAAAUGAGGAACAAAAAUCCCAGAUAAAAUGGGCAUUGUCGGAUCA